AUGUUGGAGGUGCCUCAGCCACCAUCCAUACCGAUUGUCUACACCCCCACAAACGACCGCUCGGCGGAUGAUUUAUCUACCAUGGCCACUUCCUGUGGUCCCAACGCCAGCACCCUUCCCCGGCCUCACAAGGGCCGAUCCCUAUCUAGGGGCCGAGUACAAGUUGUCGACCGACGGAAACAGCGAACGCGGCCUACCUCGAGCCUGCUGCUGUUGUCGAGUGAGACGGAGGGACCGAAGGGGGGAUUUACGAUUGAAGUUUUCCAUCGAAUCAUCCCGCAGUAUGACCAUAGGGUUGUUUCGGCUAACGAGCUUGUGUGCCACAUGGUGAGUGGGCUCCUACGUCCUUGGAGGCUGGCGAUUCACACCGAGCUGGUUCGCGCGUGGACAAACAAACCUCUGUUUAACAUUGGCCACGUGCAAGCCGAUCUGCGCUCACCCUCAUGCAUAAUUACCGAUUACACGCCACUUCCAUCCACCACUCACGAAACACGAGGUGUAGCGUUCACACGCGCACAUUCGCCCGUACUGAUGGAGUCGCUUCUUGGACUCUCCGCGGACAGCCUUGUGACGAGUAUCUUGCGUGAUUACUUCAGGGUGCCUUCAGGCUCACAGCCUCUCCUCACAGAACUCCCGGCAUCCCCUGAGGUAACGUUCCGACAUCGUUGGCCCCAAAGGAAAGGAUCCCUCGAGUCUUCGUCAUUGAGGAAUGAAGGAGAAAAGAAUGAAAACAACCAAUUGUUACCUCCCAUAAGCCUCAUCGAGACAGAAUUACCGUCGGUUGAAGAGGCUGAAAAGCUCCAUCCACUACUUAUGGAACUCGAUGCAACUCCUUUUCUCGAUAUGGAUCAAUCACACACUCCCUUGAAUGUAGAUGACGUCGAGGUGUCGAUUGAGUCAUUGCAGCACCCUACUGCCGCCUUCUACUUUCUGCCUCAGUGA